AUGCGUUCAACCACGUUCAUCCUUGUCGUUUGCAACGUCCCGGCAAUCUUCGCCGCUUGCAGAAGCGUCGUGCAGCCAUGCACAAACUUCCAGACUUGUUACGCGUUGGAGAUGCAAUCGACCUGUGCCUCGAACGAGCACGUGGGUUCUGGAAGUUGCCAGUCCACGACGUCUGCUGCUAACAGCUACGUCACGAACGUGCGGCUGACGGGGAUGCCCAGUGCGAUUGCUGUAUCUAGAGCGAAGCGGUCUCUUCGGAGGUACUGGAGCGAAAGACCAGACCCUUUGAAUUGA